GGCGUAAGGAACCUCUACGAAUAGGUACCACAUUUCCAUUGAUAGAUUCGCGUAAAUUUGUGACUGAAUUUGAUUUCGAAAUUGAAGAAUCCCGAAGACUUGUUGAAUUUGAGGAUCGUGUCGAUGAGGCCAGUGAUUCUCUUGAUGUUCUCAAAAAAAGAUUAGAGUCAUCAAUGAUAGGUUGA